GCUUUUUGGACAAGGAAAGAACUCUAACCUCACCGAAGAGCGCAUUGGAGCGCUGGACGACCUUGGAUUUGUAUGGGAUGGUCGAAUGGUUGGAAAUAGGUGCAAGCGUGUCGUCGAGAAGAGCCAGCCACGAAGCAGCCGACUUUCAAGAAGAUUCGCCGCUGAGGUCUAA